GUGAAACCAAUAACCAGCACAUUUCCUUUGUGGCUGGAGGGACUGUUUUAUUGUUGCUUGUUAUCCUAAUCAUUGUCAUCAUUGUCAUUUUUUAUAACAGAAGGAGAAGGAGACUGAUAAAUGUACCAUUUCAAGAGUCUUGGGAUACACAGAGUAAGAUAACCAAUAAUUUUAGAAGUGCCAUGCCUACCAAUCAAGCCAUGGAUGAUGCAAAAGAGGAUAUUUAUGUGAACUACCCAACCCUUCCUCGAAGACCAAGACUUAGAGACUAAGCUGUUCCCAUUAUCUGAACACAUUAAUGAUGAUUAUUAUGGACACGGAUCUUUAUCCAAUUUCUUCCCACUACCUAAUGUUUAUUUCAUUUCAUAAGGAAAAUAUUGUAUUGCCUAUAGAACAUUCAUAGCAGAAAUGUUUCAUGAAACCUGAAUCUAAUUAGCUUAUAUGUGAAAGGAAACUUCCUAGAUUUAUGUAACAGAAUGAUCCAAAGGAGGCCAAACUUCAGACAAGGGUUAUUGACCAGGGCUUUCACGUUGUGUCUAGAAUUAUGUAUGGGC